UUUCGUGUAUGCAGGGCUCGGGCAGGGUUUACAUCGGCGUUCCGGUGUGUUUUUAAGUUUCAUUUUCCGUCUUUUUCGCUUGCCAGAUUCAGAAUCUGUUCAGAUGGCUUGAGUAGAUAUGUACCAGACUUGAUCGAGAUGAACAGAUUUUGAUUGUUUGGUAAGGGAGCAAAGUUGUUCAUCAGAAGCGUCAGAGGAAACGUGUUUUACGAGGAAUCGCAUCUGAUACCGUUGCCCACAUGUCGUGAGGAUGCGGUUUACCAUUCUGCAGACCAAGUGUUCGACGAUUUGCUCCAAAGACUACACCUAGUUUAACCACCACAUUUUUCUGGCUCUUUCUCGUUCAAAGUUGGUGCCUUUACGGCCUAAGAUCAGCAGAUAGUGAUCUUCCUUGUUGUUCCAGUCCAAUGGCUUUUAUGGUAUUCAGAAGAAUCCCCGCCCGUUUGCCAGAUUUCACCUCUCGUUUCCUCUCUGCAUCGAGGUGUGUUUGCUCGCGAUCCUCCGGACAAUCUCGUUUGGCUGGUUUUGGUGUGGAGACUGUGGAUGAUGAUGCUUGGCACGUCUCGUCCAGUUUGGCUCAAGCAUGGCGAGAAACCCAGACAGAUACAAGAGGAAGUAUUUCCGCACAUAUGCAUGAUGAAGAAAUAGUUGAUGAGGGUGACAUUGAUCACGAUGAGAUCGACAAUUUGAGAAUCCAUGGCAAUCUUUUCUACAAGAUUGAUCGAGGGUCAAAGGAAUUCGAGGAGUACAGCUUCGAAUUCCACCGCAAGAAACACCUGAAAACAAAGAAGGAAGAAAACUGGGAAGAGGCGAAGAAGAAGGAUACUGAAAAGAGUAGUAAAGAAGAAACCCGCAGGGAAGAUAAGAAGAAGAAGAAGAACAAUGACCUAAGUCAUGAGAGAGCUUCCAAGAUGAACCCUUUCUCAAGUGAAAUCGAUAACCCUAAUGCUCUGGUCAAGAAGAAAGAACGGACGCCGACGUUCAACCAGAUCACGGCUCCGUUUCACUACCCGUUCUGCCUAGACAUAUACAUCUCAAAGGCCUCGGUCCGUGCCUCAGUUAUUCACCGGGUGACCAGCAAGGUUGUAGCCGUUGCUCAUUCCAUCUCAAAGGACAUAAAAUAUGAUAUGGGUUCGACCCGAAAUGCAGAGACUUGUGCUGCUGUGGGGAGAAUUCUGGCCCAGAGAGCCUUGGAGGAUGAUAUACAUGACAUCAUCUAUACUCCUAGAAGACGGGAGAAACUCGAGGGUAAGCUUCAGAUCGUGCUUCAAGCGAUUGUUGACAAUGGCGUCAAUGUUAAGGUGAAGCUCAAGCAGAGGAAAUUUAGGAAGAGUAAUCUGCCAGUUCAUCCACCAAAGCAUGAGUUCUAAAGAAAGGUUAAUUCGUAUAGUUCAGAAACUGAUUCAUGUCUUUGUUCUUGUGAGUUUGUUCAUUAGCUUUGGUCUCUGCUGUAAGAAGAAGCUCUGUUGUAAUGUCGGUUCUCAGCUCUAGAAACAAAGAACCGGGCAAAACUGAUCAGAUUCUAAAAGAAGAGAGUUUCCAUGUAGUAAUUUAGCUUGCAAAUCUACACUUCUCAUGGAGUUUAAAUUAUUUUCUUAUA